UCGCCCGCAAACUUAGUUCGGGCGGUUAAUUAUAAUAAUCUAGUAUUAAUUUUAAUUAUAUAAAAUAUAUUAAUGUUAAUCAUAUAACAAUAUCAUAAACAAUAAUUUAAAAAAUGGAAGAACUAUGGCGCGACACGAAUAUAUUUUACAAUGUUUUGUGUUUUCUUAUAACGGAAAAUGAAAAAUUAUUUGAUCGGAGUGACGCUAAUCUGUAUUGGAGGACUGUGUUUCAUAUAUUUGGUAUCCUACACCACAUAUAUAUUGGGAUAACUGCUCCCAGUCUCGACAUAGCGACCAAUCCGAACCCGGAUAUAAGAAUCUUAUAUACAUUCAAAGCCGCCUAUCUCACUGGAUGGAAUUUUACCUUCCAGACCGUGUUUCUUGGUCUGUCGCUGGUUCAUGAUAUCCUGGAGUGGCUCAACAAGAACGAGAAUUCAUUGGCUGAAAAGAUUAGAUAUUGGAGAAAUAUUAUUUUCAGCGGAAUGGUGGUGCCAUUUACCUUAUUCGUGACGACCAUGUUUUGGUCUGUCUACGCCAUCGACAGAGAACUGGUUUUUCCACGGAUUUACGACCAGGUUGUACCGUGGUGGUUCAACCAUUGUGUCCACACCAACAUAACAAUUGUCGUCAUCAUCGAAACAUUGCUGCAAGCGAGAAGAAAACCCACUAACCAGAGAUUGGAACUGAUUUUAUACUGGGCGGUUGCGUUCGCGUACGCUAUUGUAUAUUACACAAUAUACUUCACCACGGGUCGCUGGCUCUACCAGGUCUUCGGUACCAUGAAUUGGUGGCAAGUUUGCUUAUACCAACUUGGUAUCUGGUUGGUAUCAUACAUAUUCUACAAAGUUCAGUUUCCGAUCAACAGAUUAUUCCACGGUUCUGAUUAUAAUGAAGCAAACAUAGAUAGUUCAGUGGAAUAUCACAAAGAUAAUGCUGUCAAAAAUAAAGUCAACGAGAAUGAUAUAAAAAUAAACGAAACGAAGGCGAUUGAAAAUAGUCAAACUAUAACAGAUUCAAACACACCACCGUUGCCUAAAAAAACAUGGAGCGUAAAAUUCCGGACUAUAAGAAAUCACUUCGAAAAUUCUAGAUUGUGACGACAGUAAAAAAAUCAAUUUUAAAAUGUUGCCAUUAACCAAUAUAGUGAUAAUAAUAUUAUAAUAUAAUUAAAACCGAUUAAAGAUCCAUAGUAGAUAUUCAAUAAAAACUAGCUUUUGAAACUGUAGAAGCUGUUUUAGAACAAGUAGCUAGGAGAUAAACAUAAAAACAUUAAGAAUUAAUGUUUUUCGACAAGAAAUGCCAUUUAAGUGAAUCAAGAACUUAAAAUUUCUAACGCAUUUCAUAUCAGCAGCACAGUUCUUAUCAUCAGAAAAAUAUAAGAAUUAUUAAAAGAAGAAUUUGAAAGAUUUAUAAAUUAUGUUCAUUUGAUAACUUCACUUUAAGGUCAAAUAAAUAUUACGAAAUAAAAACGAUUGUAUUUUUUAAGUUAACGAUGCAAAUAUUACAAUAUAUAAAAUACUUUAUUCUACUUUUAGUGUUAAAUAAAAAUAAGAUGGUUUGGUGCAAUAAUAUAUAAAUAUAAAUAUUUAAUUAUAUUUAUAUAAAAAUGUUUUCGUUAAUAUUAACAUUAUAUAAAUAAUAUAAAGACUUGCCAAGUAAUCUUAUAAACAUUUAAAAAUCAAAGUUGAUUUAUGACUUCUAAAAACUUUAUAUGUACAAACGAUUUAUAUUUUAGCUAUAAUCAAAUAAUAAUCAUCUUUAUUUUACAAGCAUUUACGAGCCAAUUUCAAUUGUCAUUUAAAACCUCUACUUGGGUGAUUUGUAACAAUUGCAAAAUAUAUUUAUAAUUAUUAAAUAGUAGUACAUUAAAUCAUAAAUAAAUAUUAAAUAUAUAUUUAAAAAUGGCUUAUGUACAAAUCAUGACUACGUCGAAUGGUGAUAAGUAACGAUAAAUUAUUUCAAAUGUGUAAUUUAAAAAGUCAUUGCAACGCAUGCCCUUCACCAGCCAGUGAUGGAUAUUUUAAAUAUGAGAGUAAUACUAAUAAACAAUCGUUUGUAACGUAAUCAACACGUCUGUGCUUUUUUUUAGUACAAAAUUAUUUACCGUCGGAUUAUUUACAUUCAUAUUAAGAACAAAACACGAACUAGGCUGAAUGCGAGUAGACAUUUGCCUAUCAACAUAUUUAGAAGAAUGUUUUUACUAAUUAUUGAAAAAAAGCCGAGAUGGCCCUGUGGUAAGAACGCGUGAAUCUUAACCGAUGAUCGUGGGUUCAAACCCGGGCAAGCACCACUGAAUUUUCAUGUGCUUAAUUUGUGAUUAUAAUUCAUCUCGUGCUUUACGGUGAAGGAAAACAUCGUGAGGAAACCUGCAUGUGUCUAAUUUCACUGAAAUUCUGCCACAUGUGAAUUCUACCAACCCGCAUUGGAGCAGCGUGGUGGAAUAAGCUCCAAACCUUCUCCUCAAAAAAGAGGAGAGGAGGCCUUUAGCCCAGCAGUGGGACAUUCACAGGCUGUUACGGUACGGUAUUUACUAAUUAUUGGAACUGAAAUAGAUUUUGACGAAUAAAAUGGCACUUAAAAUGCCUCACUGUCAAUUCAAGUUUCCAUUAAUAAGAGAAAAGACACGAAUUAUGAGGGCAAGGGAGAUAGCUGUUUAUAAACAAUUUCGCUUCAAAUUUCGUGUGGCAAAAGGUGAAACACAGCACCCAUCACCAUAAUGUAAAACUGGUAAAAAUGUUAUCGAAAUUUAAAAAUAACGAUCUAUUAUUUUGCAUAUUCUUUUUUUUAAUUCAAAUCUUUUACUAAGCAUUUUAAAAUAUUUGUAUAAUGUUGUAGAUGAUAAUUUUAUACAUAUUAUUUUCCAUCAUCACCCGGUAUCAGGUAGGUAUUACCAAGUAAAAUCAUUAGAAGAAAACAUCGCGAAUUAAAAAACAUGUGCAAAUUUAACUGCCAAGUUUUUAUAUAUUAUAUAAUUAAAUUUAUAUGCAAGGCUAUAAUUGAGGAGUUCAUUUAAAAUCACCCAUUGUUCUUUGUUUUUAUUUAUUUAAAAUAUUUAAAUGUAAAUUGUAUUUAAAUUAAAAAUUUUAGAGACUGAA